AAAAAAGAUUACCUGAAAUGCAAUAGCGUUCGGGAAAUACCAGGCGGGCAAUAGGGAAAAGCAACACCAUGCGACAAUUCAUCAUACGAUAUUUAGCAACUUUAAAAAGCUAAAAAAAAACAAACGAAUAGGGGGCUAAAAACAUAGCGGACUACAACUGAAUAGGUCCGGAUUUAUUUGGAAAAAGCGACAUUUUUGUCGACUUAUGUUUUGAAUAAAAUAAGACCGCGGAUUUGGUCCUCACGCGGGCAUGUUUCAAAGCUAACUAGCGUGUUAGCUGUGAUGCUGGGUUGUCUAUCGAGCCUCGUUGGUGAUAAAUGUAUGCCUCUUAAAAUAAGAUGUCUGGGUUUAACUUUGGAUCGGGGACUCUUGGUUCCACCAACACGGGUGGGGGAUUCACAUUUGGGGCAGUAACAAGUGCACCCGUGGCAAGUAUUGGUGGCUUCUCUUUUGGGAGUGCUUUGGGUACAGCAGCCACCACCCCUGCCUCCACCACCAGCACCACCCCAACUCUUGGCCUAGGAGGCAGUCUCUUUGGUCAGAAACCUACUGGAGGGUUCUCUUUCAACACACCUGCCUCAAGCACUGCUGCACCCACUACAGGUCUUACAUUAGGUGCCCCAGCCACUACAGCUGCCUCCUCCGGCUUUAGCUUGGCUUUUAACAAGCCCACCGCCUCAGCAACACCCUUCUCCCUCACCACCACCGCUACCACAUCCUCGUCAGCCCCUACUGGGACAGGUUUAACAUUUGGCUCUGUCCUAACAUCAGCAGCUCCACAGCAGCCUGCAGCCGCAUCUUUCACUCUUGGUCUUGGUGCCACAACAAACACCACCAACGCCUCAACAGGCCCAUCACUGGGCGGGAGUCUCUUCUCUAGCACUGUGUCUGCAGGUUUGGGUCAGACCACUCUUGGAGGAGGUGGUUUAACAUUGGGAUCUCUGUUAGCUACCUCCACAACAGUAUCAGUGGCCCCUGCCCCCAGUAUUGGCCUGGGUGGAGUCGACUUCACCACUUCCUCCGAGAAUAAGAGUGACUCAUCAUCUGGAGUCAAUGCACAGGACAGUAAAGCUUUAAAGGAUGAGAACCUACCUCCAGUCAUUUGUCAGGAUGUCGAGAAUUUCCAAAAAUUUGUGAAAGACCAGAAACAGGUUCAAGAGGACAUCAGCAGGAUGUCAUCUAAGGCCAUUUCUAAAGUCCAAGAUGACAUCAAGAGCCUCAAACAGCUUCUCUCUGUCAGUGCCAGUGGUCUGCAGCGCCAAGCUCUGGCUAUCGACAAACUAAAGCUGGAGACAGCACAGGAGCUGAAAAAUGCUGACAUAGCGCUGCGUACACAAAAGACUCCCCCUGGACUUCAACACGAGAACACCGCUCCAUCUGAUUAUUUCCGUAGCCUUGUAGAGCAGUUUGAGGUGCAGUUGCAGCAGUACCGACAGCAGAUAGAAGAGCUAGAGAACCACCUGACAACACAGAGCAGUGGCUCCCACAUCACUCCUCAGGACCUGAAUCUGGCCAUGCAGAAGUUGUACCAGACAUUUGUUGCACAAGCUGCACAGCUCCAGUCAGUUCAUGAAAAUGUCAACAUCUUGAAGCACCAGUACCUUUCCUAUCGUCGGGCCUUCCUGGAAGACUCCACAGACGUCUUUGAGUCAAAACGGGCAUCCAACAGGAAGUGGCAGAGUACGCCACGAGUCACAACAGGACCUGCCCCGUUCUCCACUGUGCCAAAUGCUGCAGCGGUUGCUAUGGCAGCCACGUUGACCCAGCAACAGCAGCCAACUCCAGGGACCCAGGCACCCUUGGGGGCAGGGUUUGGAAACCCCUUUGCCUCAGCAGUGGGCACUAGCUUGGGCUCUUCUACACUUGGAGGUUUUGGUGGUGGGCCAGGAUUUGGUGGGGUGGGGACUGGGGGGUCUACUUUUGCCUUCUCCUCCACCAGUAAGCCCACAGGAGGCAGUCUGAGUGCAGGUUUUGGUAGCAGCAGCAGUUCAGGCUUCAACUUCAGUAAUCCUGGCAUCAACCCCUCGGCCGGUCUGACCUUUGGGGUGUCUAAUCCACCUGCUGCAGGCUUUGUCACAGGAGGGCCCCUUCUCCAGCUCAAGAAGCCUCCAGCUGGUAAUAAAAGGGGCAAGAGAUAGAACCAGGGAAAGACAGAACCCUUUGACCGACCAGCUGACCACCUUAGGGUUUGUACCGGGUAAGGCCUGGUUUCCCAAAAGCAUAUAAGCGCUAAAAUAAUCAUUAUCCAACUACAGAACAAAGAAAAUGUAAAUUUGAGGGAAUUAUCAGGGAAGUGAUUAGGCGCACCACCAAACAGAAACACAGGAUCACCCAUUUUAAAAUCCUUUGGAGGUAUAUGCUCAAUAAAACUGAGAUAAAUAAAAUCCUAUUGACCACCCAGCAUCAUCUUUCUCUCAUAUAUUGGUCUGUAUUGUCCACUGUUCUACAUUGAUUUGAUUUCUUUUAGUUUGAUUUCAUAUUGCGAGUCCUUACCCAGUAUUGGUACAGAAAGUUGCCCACAUUCACAAGUUCCUCUUAGAUCAUUUAAGCAAGGAAAUUAUAUUACAUGGAUCUUAAUACUCAGUAACUCUGAAUCAAUAUAAUAGACAGUGGCAUGUAUGGAAAGGUUAAAAAUAGUGUUUGCAUAAUUUUAUACAUGAGUUUGCCCAUUUGCAUUGCCUCAAAAAGUUGCCUGCACACUAUGAUCUGUAGCACAACAAUGUUGUUGGGGUUGCCAGCCACGGACAGAACUGGGUCAAUUACACAUCAUUUCAGUUAUCUGUGAGGAAUUACUUUAGUCUUAAUAUUUAACAAGAUAGAUAUGCUUUUGUGCUUUGAGGUGGACAGUGCAGUUGGUUCCAAUGUGUUACACAAACUCUAUCAAUCGUAAAACUGCAAUUGAAGGCCUCUCAAAUGAUGACUUGGACCAAGUCUCAUCCAAGGAAGGGUAAGAUAAGGUAAAGGGAAAAGAGUGUUAUGGGGAAAUAGUUGGUUGGGAGUCUCUGUCCAAAGGUGUCAGUGGGGGGAGUAUUGUCUGAUUCUAAGUAGUUUUAUAGGCACAGGAGAGUGUCCAGUGUGGAGUUUUGGGGAGGCACAGUUUUAUAUUUGUAUUGAGUCAAUAUUGUAUUAAGAGACAUUAGGGAGGGGUAAAAGGGGUCUAACACCUCAGGAUAGUCCAUUAUCCAGUCCACAUAACCUGUGUUGUUUUCACUAGACUCCAUCCUUAUCAUUGUUUAAUAAGUACGUUUUAGACACAUUUUGUUUGCCCUGUGUAGCACUGUAAGAACUUGGGAAAGGAAAGCUGUGUUUUUCGUAUUACAUGGUUACCAUUAGAUGUUAAGUUAGCUGAAUCUGAAAAGAAUUUCACAAGCAGAUUCUACGUACUCAACUCAGUUUUACAUGUGCUAGAACAAAUUUGCACUUGUCAGUGUAUGUGACCUGACAGUGAUUGUGUGAAUGUGCAUGUGUGCCUAUAGCAUAAGUAUGAAUUUGUCUCUCUGGUCUAUCAUAGUUGCUCGACUUCUUUUGUGGUUGGGGGGGAUAUUCUGCUUUUUUAAAUUGUCCAUUUUCCAAAUUGUCCGGAUACCAAAUACUGGUAGUUGUACUAUUAUUUUCUAAUCACAGUCUGUGUAAACCUGUAUUUUCAAAAAGCUGUUUAAUAAAAAAAUCUUCAAUAUGAUGUUUUGCU